GUGCGCCUCGUGAUUAAACCUGCCCAUUGCGCAGCGGCUCCGAGCCUGUUUCAGCACGCCUUCCGUCCUCUUCUUGAAAACACAAGCUCUGCUGUCAGCUCCAGGCCACUCCCUUUCUCAGCUAAAAACGGAAGAUUAGUCUGGUCUCCGCUUGCCACAGAGUUUCUCUUCGGGAAAACUAUGAGCGUGGCAGAGAAUGGCAGAGUCCAGCGCGCUUGAGGAGCUGCAGUCGGAGCUCACCUGCCCGGUGUGUCUGGAGCUGUUCCGCGACCCCGUGAUCCUUGAAUGCGGACACCACUUCUGCCAGGUGUGCAUCAUCCAGUGCUGGGAAGCGAAAGCGGACGAGCUUUCCAGCUGUCCGAAGUGUAGGAAGUCGUGUGCGCGCAAACUGCGRCCCAACUCGCUGCUGUGCAACGUCGUSGACAGCGUGCGCAGAGCCCGGGUUAUGGACGCAGCCUCGGGGACGCCCGAGUGGGACCCCCAGGGGCCYCUGGAGAUGCCCGAGGAACGAGAGCCGGGCUCCAGCAUGAGCAGCGUGGUCUCCUCUAUCGGGAACUGGCCUCGCCUGGUUCUGGACAUGUGUGAGGAGCAUGAGGAGAAGCUCAAGCUGUACUGUGAGAACGACCAGUUGCCCAUCUGCCUGGUGUGCGGGAUGUCCCGGGACCACAAGACCCACAACGUCAUCCCGAUCACAGAGGCCUUUGAAAACUACAGGGAUAAGCUGGAUGCGGCUUUGGAGAGAGUUCAGGUGCAAACAGAGGAGGCCACAUUGUUCCAGAAACAGACCAACGACAARAUCCUCCUCAUUAAGGGGCGAGCGGGAGACCUGGAGGAGCUGGUUACCGCCGAGUUUGGCCGUCUGAGGGAGUUCCUGCUUCACCAAGAGGAGAGCAUAAAGGAGAAGCUGCAGAAGGAGAAAGAAGAGAAGCUCAACCAGCUGGAGGAGGCUCUCACUCGKGCCACAGAGCAAAUCAGCCAGCUGGAGACCACGGCAGAAAAGCUUCGCCUCAAACUGAGUGAGCAGGAAAAUCCAGAACAGCUCAAGGGAAUCAAAGAUUUCAUUGGAGGGGCUGAGGGUUUGUUUGAGCGCCCCCCAGAGGUCAGUGUGGAUCUGAAGUCAGGACAAUAUCUGGGGCCCCUGCAGUACAGGACCUGGAGGAAGAUGAGCUCCAUCUUUCAGCCGGGUACGAGCUCCUGUCUGUCUGUCCGUGCUCCAUAGACAGCGCACAUAGUGAAGGAAUCACACUCGAAAUAAAAAUACGUUUAUUUGUUGUGCCCUGCAAAA